GGCAGCGUGACGGCUGCUGCCACCUUCCACUCCUACACAAACACUAAUCGCAGGCGAUGGAGGAGGCCUCCUGACCGCAGACACGAUAUGCCAGGGCCAACCUCUCACACAGGGUGAGAGCUACAGGCGGAGUGAUGGCCCUCUGACCGAGACAAUCAUGAUGUCCGAGCACGUUGUGAGCGGCGGCCACAUCAAGCGCCGCCGCGUGGACACGGGCGUCAAGAGGAGCGCCAGCGCGGGUCUCUCCUCCUUCCUCCACUCCAAGACCACGUUCGCCCGCGCGCUGAGCGUCGCUCGCAACGUUGUGCAGCCGCCCGCCUGCAACGGGGAGGGCGGCGCCAACCCUGCGCCGCCCGCACGCCGAUUGCGACGAGGCGCCCUUCCCUGCGGGGGGAAACUUGGGCGCGGAGGAGCCGGCGUUCUUCGUCGAGCAAGCCAAGGAGUUCUCGCGCUAUGCCGCGGUGUCGCAGCGCGAGCUCGCGGCGAGCUCGUUCGGUGGCGGCGGUGGCGCCCGCUCGCACGGGGAUGGCCGCCCGACUCUCGAGCACUUUCUGGACGAGCACCUGAAGGCGAAGCGCGCCCGUGUGGAGACCAUCGUGCGGGAGAUGAGCGCCCUGCCCGCGCCGUCCGACAAGGUCGCGUGCGAGCAGGACGCCGCGUGCCAGCCGCAGGGGAGCGUCGGUCACGGCGGCCGCGGAAGCAAGCGGAAGCAGCGGCUCCCGCGGCAGCAGCGGCAGCUGCUGAGGACUGGGAGGCACCACGAACGGAGGCACCUCCGCCACCAGCUGAGGGAGAUGCAGUGGCAGCUGCAGGAGCUGCAGGAGAAGUUCGUGAAGAUCUUCGAGAGCAGCGACUCGGAGGUCGCCGAGGUCUCGGACGACGGCACUCGGUCUGCGAGCGGCUCGCCCGACGGGCGCGAGGCUCGCGACGUCGCAGAUUCCCUGGCGUCGUCCGACGACUCCUCGUCGCCGCCGAUCGAAGGUCCGGACGCGGAGCCCAAAACGAAUCGGCCCUCGCGCGUCGACGAGGCGAACGAGCGCCCGCCCGCCGGCGGGCCCCACAAGAAAGAGACGCAGCUCGCGGAGAAGCUGAAGCAGGAGCUGAGCACCACCAUGUCCCGGGUGGUGGACACGGUCGUCAAGAUCUUCUCGCCCAAAACGCAAAAGCCGUCGUCGGCGCCCAGCACCCCCGAGGUGCCGGAGCCGGUCCCGGCCGUCAGCACGAGGAAAGAGAAGACGACCGCUUCCCAGCAACCGCCGCAGGGGCCGGAGAACGCACCGCCCGUCGGUCCCCUGGAAUGCUUCCUGGGGCUGCCCGUCGCAGAACAGCUGGAGGCCCUGCCCCUCGUGGUUCAGAAGCUGCCACGCGAGCCGCCGCCUCAGAGCAGCGCCCAGCUGCCUCAGCAGAGCUAUCGCAUCCCUCCGACGGGGCUCGACCCGGUGAGCUUCUGUGGCCAGGGCUACUCCCCGUGCCUCCCGCACCCAUUGAUGGCCUUCCCCCUGCAGCUCACUCACCACAUGGGCCCCAGGGCUCGGGACGGACUGCCCCCGGAGCUGAGGAGCAUCGAGCAAGACCUGGCCAGCGCCGGCCGGGCCAAGCCGAGCCGGCACGCGGGGCCUCUUCGCUACCACAUGCCCUGCUCGCCGGACAUCAGCCGGACCCCAUCCAAAGGGCUGCUCUUCCCGCUCGUCAAGUCGGAGGGAUACAGCCUGCAGGAAUAUCAAGAUAUGUGCCACUACCAGGAAGCGACCGGCCAGGAAGGUCUCACGCCGGGUCACCUCAAGAAGGCCAAGCUCAUGUUCUACUACUCGCGCUACCCCAGCUCCACCAUGCUCAAGAUCUACUUCCCUGACGUCAAGUUCAACCGCUGCAUCACGUCCCAGCUCAUCAAGUGGUUCAGCAACUUCCGCGAGUUCUACUACAUCCAGAUGGAGAAGUUCGCACGGACAGCGCUGGCGGACGGGGUGACCAGCGCCGAGGAGCUCACGGUCACACGCGACUCGGAGCUCUUCCGCGCCCUCAACGUGCACUACAACAAGGCCAACGACUUCCAGGUCCCAGGACGCUUCUUGGAGGUGGCGGAGCUGACGCUGCGCGAGUUCUUCUGCGCCGUCGCGGCUGCCAAGGACGUCGACCCCUCGUGGAAGAAGGCCAUCUACAAGGUCAUCUGCAAGCUGGACAGCGAGGUUCCCGAGUCCUUCCGCUCUCCCAGCUGCCUGUGGGAGAUCACGCACCUCUAGACGUCACCGCGCUCCUUCUCCGCCCAUCCUGGGGGACCUUGUUCCAUAACCCGGCUGAAGAGUCACAAGUAUUUCUCAUCGGUGGCUUUCGACGAUCUUCCUUUGAAAGCCAUGGCGAGCGCAUCCUUGAAGCGUCGCGACCGCGUCACUACCGAGUCGUGAAGCUAAUUUGUGCCUUGUGUCCGGGCGGAAAAAUAAGAGGCCCAGUAAGUCCCCGCACUUAAACGCCGCAACAAAUCCACAUCACAUCCCUCGGGUGUUUUUGCACCUCUCCCCUGCCAGACUGUUGGUAAUUCUGUGUUCCCGUGCAAGCAUCUCGCUUUCAUGAUCCUAACAUCGGCUCCGUGCCAGGACCGCUGCCCAUGAAUAUACUGCACAUCGACGAACAGGUCACGCUUGAAGCCGGUGCAUGCCACGACAACGUCACUACGAACUACUUCUUUAUAUCGGAGUCACGACAUUUAUUGUCCGUCAACACUGUCAAUACAUUUUCUUUGCUGCAGUGAGUGCUCUUUGUGUCUUUGUUUUAACGAUCCACGCAAGUCAUAGUUGGCGACAAUUUGAACUAUUGCAAAGUUCGUGCUCGAUGUUAUAAAAGGCUUAAAAUAUAAUGUUCACUAAAUGUGCUCAAUAUAAGUUUUACAUUAAUUAAACAAGUCAUCGUUUGACUCAAUUGUAAGACCGUACAGUCAUCCUGGAUUUCUCCAGAAUAAAUAAAGAUGUUGAUCUACUUCUGGUUGCUUGGCCUUAUGGGCUAUUGGGGCACGACCAUUUCGUCUUUCCACAAACUUCAUGUCAAUUGAUACCGAGUAAAUACAUGACAUGUACUCCUUUAUCCACGAAAGUGUCACCAAGUUACCUUUUUUAGAAGGAAAGAAAAUACGUCUCAUUAAUUUGGUAAACAUGAACUAUAUAUAUAUUUUUUAAAUUUGGUGAAUUAUGUACAUUAAUAUCCAUCAUUUCAUAAUUAGCAUGUGACUGUUACGGGUUUAGUAAAGUCAUGAGAAUGUUCCUCACUGGGUUGAUGUUUGCCGUCUGUAUGUGCAUUGUAGUAGCUAGUGCACCAGUAAUUUAAACAUUAUAUAUCACUGUGCAACUCGUUUAUUAUAGCUAUGGUUUGAUUUCUGCAUGUAUGGUAGUUAUAGCACAACUUUCCACCCAUAUCUCUCGUUAAAUCACACGUUUGUACUUGGACUUAAACAUUUGCCCGCACACUCCCUGAGUGCAGAUUCAAUAGAACUUCACUGUGCUGCAUGGUAAUUUUUCUACGAUCUUUCCCAUGCACCCCCACGACUUUAAAAAUAAUCUGGCCAUGGAACAAAGUGUGACCCAAUUUAAAUAAUUGAUAGAGAGGGGGGAGGGGGCACGACACCCAAUGAUACACAAACUCUAAACUCGCUGAACGCAAAGCAGAACGGAGUAACGUCACGCAUACUGCUCGAUAUAUCGCCCACUGUGUUGCAGAGAUUGCAAAUUGUC